UCAACAUUUAUCUCUUUAGAUGCAAUGAUGGUUCACCCGCCGCGCCGCUUUACAAAACGCUUCUGGCGGAGCACAACCGCGUUGCUGGCGAAUUGUACUCUAUGAACCCUUUCUGGGAGGACAACGCGCUGUUUUUGGAAGCUCGUCGAGUGAUAGCUGCGAUUAUUCAACAUAUUACUUACAAUGAAUUUCUCCCAGUAUUAUUAGGAGAGGUGGGAAUGGCAAAAGCUGAACUGAAAUUGACUUCUCUUGGAUUCUGGCGUGGAUAUUCGAGCUCCAAUCGCGCCGGUUCUUACACUGAACUCGUUUCUGUUGCUCCCAUUUUCACAGCAAUGAUGAAUGAAAAACUGAUAAACACGACUGUAACGCUGAAAGAUCUCGUAAAGACAAGUGCACAUCCAGUGUCUAGAUUUCUGCCAUCAGCGCAAUGGGACCUUAGCCGCGCCCGUGAUCAUGGUGUACCAUCAUAUUUGAAAGUUUUACGCAUGUGUGAUCCAAUGGCUAAUGUAAAAUCAUACGCUGACUUCGAAAAACUAGGCUUUGAUAGAACUCACCAAGAAAUGAUGGCUGACAUGUACAGAAACGCUGACGAUAUUGAACUCAUGGUAGCGGGAGUAAUGGAAAAACCGGCUUCUGGUGCCGUUAUUGGGUCUACGUUGGCGUGUGUUCUGGCGAUGCAAUUCGCAAAUCUAAAAAAAAGUGACAGAUUCUGGUACGAAAAUGACAUUCCACCGUCCUCAUUUUCUCUUGAACAACUGGCGGCCAUCAGAAAAGUGUCACUUGCUGGACUUUUGUGCGCCUCUGAUGACUCUCUGGACAACGUACAACCUAAAGCUUUCGUCAAGGAAGAUCCCUAUUUGAACGCAGCACAAGAAUGCUCCCAGCACAAUCGUAUCGAGUUAUCCGCAUGGCGCGAUGAGAACGGCGCUAAGGCAGCUGAACGACUGUCACAAGACAUGCUUGCUACAGCUCUGCAAAAGGCCAAACAGGAAAUGGCGGAUAGAAAGAAACUAGAAUACAUGUUGUGGGAAGCUCAUGGAGGAGCAGAUCCUAAGUCUCCGGUCGGAACAGCCGCUUCGUUCUCUAAAGCAAACAAAUACGCUUUGAAACUCGCCAAUACAUCGUUGUUUUUUGAAUUUGCGACCAAUGAACUUUUAAAUUCUGUUAAUGGACGCCGCCGAAAGCGACAGAUUUUUGACGAUUCGCUUGGUUUUGGUUCAUCCAACGACUUUGUAGAUUCUUUACAAUCUGUCGAUGUAAGCAGUUUCCUUGGACAAGAUCAAAUCGGACCAAUUAUUGAACCUCAGUGCGACGAUAGCGGAAGCUGUGAUCCAGACAGCCCGUUUAGAUCUUAUACUGGGUACUGCAACAAUCUACGUAACCCUAAUUUGGGCAAAAGUUUGACAACAUUCGCGCGGUUAUUGCCUCCAGUUUAUGAAGACGGUGUAAGCCGUCCCAGAAUUAACUCAGUAACUGGGACACCUCUACCCUCACCCCGUGUUGUCUCUACUGUCAUUCAUCCUGAUAUUUCAAAUCUCCAUACUCGAUAUACGUUGAUGGUUAUGCAGUUCGCGCAGUUUCUUGAUCACGAGCUCACUAUGACACCAAUCCACAAAGGUUUCCACGAAUCAAUACCAGAUUGUAGAUCGUGCGACUCGCCGCGUACUGUUCACCCCGAGUGUAACCCGUUCCCGGUGCCGCGCGGCGACCACUACUACCCCGAAGUAAACAUUACCUCAGGCGAGCGUCUCUGCUUCCCGUUCAUGAGGAGCUUACCGGGACAGCAGCAAUUGGGUCCCCGUGAACAAGUUAACCAGAACACAGCCUUUCUUGACGCUUCCGUGAUCUAUGGAGAAAACCCUUGCAUCGUUCGUAAGCUGCGAGGUUUCAACGGCCGACUGAACGCCACCGCCAACCCUAUCAACGGCAGAGAGUUGUUGCCACGGUCAGACAGCCACCCAGAAUGUAAAGCACCUAGCGGCUAUUGUUUCAUUGCUGGUGACGGCAGAGCAUCCGAACAGCCAGGUCUAACAGCCAUACACACCAUCUUCCUCCGCGAGCACAACCGAGUGGUCGAAGGGUUACGCGGCGUCAACCCCCACUGGGAUGCCGAUUUGCUCUUUGAACACGCGCGUCGUAUAGUUGCCGCUGAAUUUUCACACAUCAUUUACAACGAAUUCCUGCCUCGAUUGUUAUCUUGGAACGCUGUUAACCUUUAUGGACUUAAACUGUUACCUUCAGGAUACUAUAAGGAAUACUCUCCUACUUGCAACCCUGCUAUCGUGACCGAGUUCGCUAGCGCAGCUUUCCGAUUUGGACAUUCGCUUUUGAGACCGCAUUUACCUCGUUUGUCACCAAAUUACCAGCCAGUCGAUCCACCCAUACUGCUCAGAGAUGGUUUCUUCAGACCUGAUAUGUUUAUGAACCAUCCACCAAUGGUUGACGAACUCAUACGCGGUCUAGCGUCGACUCCAAUGGAAACUCUCGACCAAUUUAUCACAGGAGAAGUCACAAAUCAUUUGUUCGAAGAUCGUCGCAUACCUUUCUCUGGAGUGGACUUAAUCGCCCUCAACAUCCAAAGAGCUAGAGACCACGGAAUUCCGAGCUAUAACAAUUACAGAGCAUUGUGCAAUCUUAAGAGGGCUACUACUUUCGAAGACUUGGCUAGAGAGAUUCCGGACGAAGUUAUUGCCAGAUUCAAGAGGAUAUACGCGACAGUGGAUGACAUCGAUCUUUUCCCGGGCGGUAUGAGCGAACGUCCUCUGCAGGGUGGUCUAGUCGGGCCCACCUUCGCUUGCAUCAUCGCUAUUCAAUUCCGACAACUCAGAAAAUGCGAUCGUUUUUGGUAUGAGAAUGACAAUAGGGCAGCUCGGUUCACAGAGCAACAGCUUUCGGAAAUUCGAAAAUCGACUCUUUCAAAGGUGUUGUGCGACAACUUCGAUAUCCCCAGUGAUAUACAGCGCGCUACUUUUGACCUCCCUAGUAAUUUCCUAAAUCCACGUGUUCCUUGUGCGUCACUGCCUAAGCUGGAUCUCUCAGCGUGGCGCGAGAGUUCAACACAGGGUUGUCUAAUCGCCGGCCGUUCUGUUCCACUCGGCGAUUCAGCCUUCCCGUCUCCCUGUACUUCUUGCAUCUGUACCGCCGAAGGGGCCCAGUGCGCGUCGCUCCGCAUCACGGACUGCGCCCAGCUGCGGCGCGAGUGGCCGCGCGAGGCGGUGCUGCGCGACGACGUGUGCACGGCGCAGUGCGGCGCCGCGCCCGCCCAGCAGCGCGCCCCGAGGAGACCGCACCUCAACUUCAAGUUCCCAGACUUGACGCCCUUCAUCGCCAAGUGAUGCACGUCAUAAAUGGGAUCAUUUACCCCCAAGUGAUAGCUACACGUACACAUAGAGCCAUUUACCCCCGAGUGAUAGCUAUACCUAUAAAUGGGGCCACUUAUCGCCGAGUGAUAGAUACACGC